AUCGGGCUAACUCGGUCCUUGUCUCUGCAUAUUCUAGUUUUCAUUCACAGAAGAAAUAUAAAUGCAUCUUAUGCAAGCUCCACAAUCAAGUCUUUCCUCCUUUCAAUCACUUCAUAUUUCCUGAUUCCUCCCGGAACUCCAAUUUCAGGGAACUAUUGUACUUGUCUUUCAGCUCAGUCGUCCUAUGAUGAUCAAGACUCAUAUGCAAAGCCAUGCUUAAGAUCCAGAAACAGCUCAAGAUCCUUACAGCAGCCCGAACAGCAAUGUGAAGACUCCUUUCAAGGAUUCAAAACCAAGAGAGUGGAGGAGAAAUUUCAGCCUGAAGCAUCAGUUGCUACUAGUGAUCUCUUCCAUGGAUUUCUCACUAUUGGAACUCUUGGAGCUGAACCAGUCAUCAGUGAGCCUGCAACACCUACAUUUUCCAUGUCCUUAGAAAACAUAGCCGAAGGAAAUACAACAGUGACAGAGAAUGACUUGAAGCUCAUAAAUGAUGAGCUGGAGAAGUUCCUUGAGGCUGAAGCUGAAGAAGAAUGGUGUAAUGAAUCACCAGGAAGAAACAGUCAGGUUAGCAUCAUUACACUUAGCAGUAAGCAAAUGGAGGGAGAAAAUUCUGAAGAUAAUGAAAAGGUGUUAUGUCCACUACAAGGAUAUUUAUUCGGGUCUUUAAUAGAACUUCCAGAAACACUUGAGUUAAAGAAGGAAAAGACAUCACUUGCAGAGCUAUUUCACAGGACAAAACUGUUAGAUGAGUACUCCACAAAACAGUGCGGGAAAGGAGAGAUUCAAGUCAACCCAAUACAUAAAUCUUCCAAAAAUCCCAUCAGGAGGGUGCUGAAAAAGCUUCAUGCUUCUUCAAAGGAGCUCUACCAUUUCUAGCAAAAUUGAAUCUGUUCCAA